AGAAGUGACAAUGAACGCGACACUGUGAUGGCCGCCGGUGCAGCAAAACAACAACCAAGAUGGAGAAGGCCAGAAUGAAGUUAUCCCUGACGCUGCUUCUUCUGCUGGUUGCGGCUGCUCUAGUGGUGGACGCCAGGAAACACAAGCUGGAGAUCAAGAAUGACAAGAGGCCGUACUUCCCCAUCAGCACCUUUGGCUUCUACCGCCUGGGCCAUCUGGUGGUUGACGUGCACAAGUUCAGAGUGACGCCCAACAAUGCUGACCAGAAGUUUGGAUUCAUCCUAGAGAAGAUUGCCAACUCUUACAAUGAGCCUCACCCGGAGAAGUGUCGCCUCCUCAACCUGCAGCAGAAUGACCAGCUGGUGCAACAUGUCUUCUUUGUUUUUGACCUCAAGAACAAACAGGUGUACCUCAACUGCAGCGACGACAUGGCCCAGCUGCACGUGUUCAAUGACACUGCAAAACUUUGGGAGAUACAGAAGGUGGAGGAGCUUGCCAAAUUCAACGACAAGUACCUCUUCAACAAGAAUAUUGAGCGACACAGGAGGGACGUCAGUAACAACACUCAAGGGGACAGCACCUCCAUCACCACCACCACUGCCACCAUAAGGGGGCCCUCGGGAGACCUGUUCAACCAGAAGUGCAAUGACGUCAAGAUCAACAUGACCAAGGAUGGAGACUACUACAGCUUCAAGUUUGUGGUGUAUGUAGCUCUGGAGAAGGAGGAAGGACUGUACAACCUACAUUUCCAUAACUGCAUGAACUACGGCCCCAGUCCAACGCCUUCUGCCAUCGACAUGUUCCUGGAGAUUGAGGAGAAGAACCCUGACGACAACUACCUGUCUGCCGGGGAGAUGCCUCUGCCAGCCCUCUACUUCAUGAUGGCCCUCUUGUUCUUCCUCUCAGCCUGCUUCUGGUUCUUCCUCCUCAAGAAAAGCAGAGAUCCAGUGUUCAAGAUUCACUACCUGAUGGGGGUGUUGGUGGUGAUCAAGUCCUUCAGCCUCUUGUUCCAUGGAGUCAACUACCACAUGAUACAGACUCGCGGUGUGCACAUGGAGGCUUGGGCUGUUAUGUACUAUAUCAUGCAUUUGCUGAAGGGUGCCUUGCUGUUCACCGUGCUGGCCCUGAUUGGCUCCGGCUGGGCCUUCAUCAAACAUGUGUUGUCCAGUAAAGAGAGGAAGAUCUUCAUUAUCAUCAUUCCUCUCCAGAUCAUCGCCAACGUGGCCACCAUCAUUGUGGAGGAGACGGAAGAGUCCAACGAGGAGCACGCCGUGUGGUUCCAGCGCCUCAUUGUUAUCGACUUCCUGUGCUGCGGUGCCAUCCUGCUGCCAGUGGUGUGGUCCAUCCGACACCUGCAGGAGGCAUCACAGACCGAUGGCAAGGCUGCAAUGAAUCUGAGGAAACUGAAGCUCUUCCGCCAUUUCUACAUCAUGAUUGUCUGCUACAUCUACUUCACCCGCAUCAUUGUCUACCUCCUGAGGAUCACGGUGCCCUUCCAGUAUGAGUGGCUGGAUGCUAUGUUCCGUGAGAUGGCCACCUACGUCUUCUUUGUCAUGACAGGCUACAAGUUCAGGCCGGCCACCAACAACCCUUACUUCCGUGUGUAUGACGAGGAUAAGGAGGUCGAGGAAGUACUGACCACCACAGGUCUCACCGAGGGCAUCACUCAGGUGAACCAGCACACCAAGAGGCAGAGCAAAGACAGCGUGGAGAUGGAGGUCUUUGAAGAUGAUGAGGAGGUGAACCUGCUGGACACUCAGGAAUCUUCCCAUGCCUUUGACUGAAAUUAAAUUAAGGGCAGAGGAUCCUCAGUCCUCUGCGGGCCGGGAGUGUAGACCAGCCAACGCCUCCUCAGCCAGACAGGCAGCCACCAUGUCUAGCAAGAUGGCAGUCACUGAUCACUGCAUGUUAAGUGAUGCACACACACACUCACUCAGCAAGCAGUAAUAAAACCAGAACUUUUAUUCAGUACAUGUUUUACUUCUUUUGACAUUUUAUAUAGGUAUUUAACUUCCAGUCAUGCUUACAUCAAACCAAAACACCUUGUACUCUCCAUACAGUUGUACAGGUCUAAGCUUCUAUCACUACUAGAGAUAAGACAAAGAAUAUGUAUUAUGCCAGACUGUUCUGUGCUGCAUGACAAUAAUAAUAUGUCAUUAGAUAGAAUACCUUUUUUCACAUUCUUUAUUUACAAUUUGUGGGCAUCCAAGAAUGUCCACAAAUGAUUAUAUAUGUGGGAGAGGCAGCGUAAUAUAUGAAGUCCUCUCAAAACUUGCUUUGUUUUUUGUUUUCAUUGCACGUUCAAAGUAAUUCAUGAAGCUCCUGCCUUGCACUGUCUGCAUGGCACACUUCAACAGGAGGAAAGAACCUUUAGUAAUAGUUAUCUUUGUGGGUUUCUCUCUCUCUCUCUCUCUCUCUCUCUCUCUCUCUCUCUCUCUCUCUCUCUCUCUCUCUCUCUCUCUCUCUCUCUCUCUCUCUCUCUCUCUCUCUCUCUCUCUCUCUCUCUCUCUCUCAUACACACAUUUAUUUUGCUCUCUUUCCACUUUAUUCCCUUCCCCACAUUCACGUCUCUCUCAAGUAGAUUUAAUGAUUAGAGGACAAGCUCAUGAAGUCCGGUAGCCCUCCCUCCUGAUGCACUCAAGGAUACCUGCAGAGUUUUGCCUGUGGGCCGUGAAGGAGCUUAAUAUAUUCAGAAGAGCAGUAAUCUUGCAUUUAUGUUUCCAAGCCCCCUGGUGCACCACCUCAGAGUAUGGGAGUGGAGGGCAGCAGUGUGGCCAGCUGAAGACCAUGUGUUCAUACUGGGAAGCACAGUCAGUUAUUUAGUAGUUGUGGGCAAUGGUGCAGUCAAAAUCAUGUGUGCAUUCUGAAACAAGACAGUGAUUUGAAUUAGCUAAACAUCUGUGGUUGAAACUGUGUUUAUUGUGAAGCUACAUUCCUUAUUCAUAAUUUGAACCAGGAUGAUUUGAUUCUUUGUGUGAAUGAGCGGAUGAAUGUUAUUACAUUAUAGUGAAUAUAAGGACUGUGUGUGUGGUGGAUGAAAGAUUUAAGCCUGAGUAAGGCACUGAGGUUCUGUAGUGUGUAAUCAAGCCACUGGAUGUGUUGUGGACUGGCAACACUGAUGACACACGAGUAGCUGUAAAACUUCAGUUAUGAACUUUGAGUGGUAAAAUGUGUGUUGAGUGCAUUGAUACUUUUUUUUUUUUUUUUUUUUUUCUAUUUUCCUUUGCUGAGGUGUAAAAUAUUUACAUGAAUGUAAGAGUUAAUAUAUUUGAUAGUUACUCCUGUAUACAUAAGUAGUUAAAUUAUUGUAUGUAUAAUGGUCUUACCACAGCUUUUCUGCUGUAGUCUAGUCUGAUAGUUAACAUGGUUUCAAGCAUUCAUUCAUCAUGAUAGUUUCUCCUUGAAUCCUCAUGUAUGUGCCAUGUCUUGGUUAUUUCUCACUAAUGGAAUGACAGCCUGGUACAUACAUAGUGUUGCAAGCACCAAACAGUCUCUUCUUAUGAUUUUAUCACCUGUAAUCUUAGAACUCUUCAAUUGUUGCCCAUCUGUCCGUUAUUGACUGUAUGUACAGUAUGUGCACUCCUGAAGCAGAUUAUCAGCCCCAGCAGUGCUGUCUUGUCAGUAUCUGUCUCAAUUAUUGAGGUCACACACUCUCUCAAACACACACACACUUGAGCAACAGCUGGUGUGCUUUGUGGCUGCCAGAUGGACCUUCCUCACAUAACUAGGAUCGAGGCCAAAUUGUUAUAUAGUAUUACUGUAAUGUAUGAUUGUGCAUAUGUACAAAUAUUUAGUUUGAUUGAAAUCUAGUUUGUCUAAAGUUGCUGUUUUCUAUUGUCUCAUGGCACUGUUAUAAUAAUUGGGAAUUUGAUAUACUCACAUCCUGAAGAAAAAUUUCAUGGUGGUAGGAUUUCUUUUUUAUGGUAACAUUUAUUGAUGUUUUAGUCAAACAGCUACAGAUGCAUAUAGUACAGUAUGAAAAUACUAAGUAACCUGCUUCAUGUUCAGGGUAAUGUGGGUUUAUGUUAUUUGUGUUUUAUAAAGCAAUAUUUCUGUUUCAUCUAAGACGUAUCCAUAGUGAAGACUUGAGGAUUGGUGUUUGUGUGAGGUGUGGUGACACCUUCAUACAGAGUCAGGAAGUCAGUGUUUGAGGGAAUGUCUAAUCAUGAAGUGACACGCUGCAUUAGCCACGUCACACUGCAAGACUAAUACAGUGCUCACUCUCUCCACUGUCUAUCAACCAAAAUAAUUAGGCAUCACUUAUACACUGUAUUCUUUAACCAUUCAUUGGUGUCAGUAAGCAGCAGCAGCACCAUUCUCAUGUCAUGGGACAUUGGAGCAUGCGUUGCCACCUUUGCCACUCAUCCACAGACUGGCAAAAGGCAAGCCAGCAUGUCUAAUGGCCUCAUGGUGUGAUGAGUCUAAAUCCCACCAGAUUUAGAUGGACACUCCUCUGUCUGUUCAGCACCACAUGUCUCAUCAAUACCCCCACUGUCUUAAGAGGUUCUGUGACCUUAUGAAAGGGCUGGAAUCAGUGAUGUUGAACGACUGACUUGUGGCAGUUACACAUUUACCAAUAGCAGACCAUGAACAUUAUAGAUGUUCUAUUAUUGCUGUUUGCUGCUUUUGACAUUAAUCAUUAUGUGAAUAUAUAAUAACUGUUCAGUUUUGGCAAAGUUAUUGUCAAAAUAAGAUCCACUUAAUUUUGCAGUCAUCUCAGAAUUUGUGGCACCAAAUCACUGUCAAGUCAAUGUAUAUAGGAAUGGAUACUUGCUUGUAUCUUUAGACUAUGUAUAGUGUUUGUGGUGAUAUAGGUUUGAAGAGUGAGGUAUGCAGUACCUAUGCUUAAUCAUAUAUACAAAUAUUUAGCGUAUAUUAGUGUUUGCUGGAAGAACUAACAUUCAAAGUUCUAUUUUCAUAAUAAUGAAUUAAUACUAAUGCAUUUGUGUACCUAAACACAUUAAGAGUCAUCUUCAUCCAUGCUGAGUGAGACGUGGAGAUUUGUAGCUGGUGGGGUAGAUGCACAGGCAUUCUGAGAGAGCAAGGCUUCAUUGCAAGGCACAGCUGAGGGAAGGAAAAAUACUAUUAUGGGUACAGGCAACUCAGAGACAUUACAGUGCAAAGAUUUACUAGAAUUGGUGGAUGCAUGUUGUUCAUUGGAAUUCAUUGACGGGAUCUUGAGUUAGUGCUUAUGUGUAAUUUGUUAUUUUGUGCAUCCAUUUAGAAGACCAGGCACAAUAAAGCUGCUAAACUAC